AUGUCUGGAUACUAUCCUCCUCCUGGGCAUAACACUCCGCCUCAGUACUACAACCUUGAUCCGAAUGCGAUCCCCAAUUCCAACAUUCAGCAUGCCCCACCAACUAUAAUCUCACAUGGCUCGUAUGCACCCACCUUGCCAGACAACCCGUUUCAACCUGGUGUUCCUGGACCCUUUGUACAAUACGAGAACAUUGGUCAACCAAACUACGUUGAUCAGUAUGAGGACAUAUCUGGGCCAAUGGGCUCAGCGCAUGGUGCUAAUGGCCGCGCACGAAGAAGGCCAGCGCCUGGCGAACAGGUGAAGCAUCGCAGAACACGGAGUGGCUGUUUCACAUGCAGGCAAAGAAGAGUCAAGUGUGACGAAAACCAUCCCGUGUGCGAACGAUGUCGCAAGGGGAGUCGCGAGUGUAUCUACCCAGAUUCACAGUCCAGUCAGAAAUCGACACGCAGUGGAUCGAAGUCAGGCAAGUCUGCAUCCGCGGGGGAUCAAUCCUCACCUGAAGCCCAUGAAGGAGAGGACAAGGAGCGCCUUCCUGCGAUCAUGGAUGAAGAUGAAGAGGACGAUUACGUUGAGUAUGAUGAUGACGACGAUGACAUGUCGAAGAGUCAAGACGCUCGCGAUUCUUCACACACACCAGGCUCUUUCCUCGAUCAAAGUACGUCUCCAUCCACUGAAGCAUCCUCGAUACCGCCUACGGUACGCCCAUCCAUGUCUCGGAAAGGCAGUGCGCAAACUACCAAGGGCGCUUCGGCUAUGGCGCGAGACCUCCAGUUUUACUUGAACUACUUCCGGAACCACAUGAGCGUACAUCAUUACUCUCUCAAACGCGACACGCAUGGCUUCCUCAAAGGCGAUUUCCUGAGUUGGGCGACCAAGUUUGAGCCCUUGAAGUACGCUGUAGCUGGUUACGCGGCGUAUUUCCACACGCUUGCGCAGCCUGAUGGUCGCAUGUCCACCUUCCUCCAGUUCUACAACGAAUCUGUUUCGCGACUGAGGAUAGCCAUCACGAAGAACAAGAAGCAGGGGCUCGCAACAUUUUUGACCAUAUUGCAACUUGCGAGUAUUGAGGAGAUGCUCGGCGACUGGGUCAACCUUAUGGGCCAUCAAAAAGCAGCUUUCGAGAUGCUCACCCGUCUAUACACGCCGGAGACUAUCGUCAAAUCCGAUUUUCUUUGCAAGGUACUUCUUUGGUACAUCCGAUUCGACCUGUUUGUUGGCUUUCAGUCCGGCGGUGAAGCAGUGCUUGGUCGCGAGUGGUACGAGGCGGUACAUGAAUGCUACGUUGAGAAAGUACGCGACAAGCCAGAUGACAUUGAGAUGCUGUACGAAGAGCGCUUUGCGCAUUCACGACUGGUAGCGAAAGAUUCGAAUGACCUGUUUGCAAGGACUGCCAAAGGUCUCGUCAGUCCUCAGGAUUUUAUGACACAGCUGCCAAAACUGAAGGAGAGGGUGGAGGCGCUCCGAAGAAACCUAGGCGACAAAUUGACGGAUCCCAGUUACAAGGUCCAUCAGAUUCCAGGAGAACCAGACCCGGAAGACUUCGUUAACCCCUACGAGCCGGAUGUCAUAUGGGGUGGUCCGCUAUGGACGUCGAACUACUUGCAGCUGGAUCUAUGGGGCAUCCAGUUCAUGUUCGCCAUUUCGUCUUCCAUGGCGCUGAAAGUGCCUCUUGAUCCGGAAGUUACAAAAGAAGCAUUUAAGGCGGUGCAGGUCUUUGAGGCUAUAUGCGCGUAUCCGGAAGCUCCCCCAGGCGCACUACUAGAGGCACAGGUCAGUUUCGCGAUUGCGACCCUGUUCCUGCCGAAAGAUCAGAAGACUGUGCAAUGGCUUCGACGAACGUUUGCGAAAAUUGAAGCAGCAGGGUAUAUUUAUUCUGAUGUUCUUCGAAACCGCAUGCUCGAAUCCAUGGGUCUCGGUCCAUCAGACUGGUGGCUCCCGAACGACGAAAGCUGCCCACCGAUAAUCCGAUCCAUCAAAGACUUCAUCAAGGACCGCACACAAGCGCCUAAAGACCAAGUGUCAGACGAUCUACGAGAGAUGCGAGGAAUUUUCAGCUCCCUGACUAUCUCGGACUCACCGCCAUCUGAUAAUAUGACGGUAACGAGUGCCGACGGCUUGGGUUCGACAUACGGAUCUCCGGACUGGCAGUCAUCAGGGUACGGAAGCGACCGCAAGUCGUCAAGCGCAGAGGCUUAUCCGCCGGGGUCACAGCAACAAUACGUUGUGCAGUAA